AUGUGUUUCGAAUGGCUUUUCGCUGGCAAGAAGACCAAGCUUGAGGCUGAUCUCGAGAAAAACGAAGCACAGUUGACACGUGCCAAAGAACUUCUCUCCGAACAUGAUGAGGUUAUCUUGAACCUCAAGGAUGAGGUCGCGCAGAUAAGAGGCGACUCAUUGAAACGAGUCGCUCAGCCCCGAAGAUCGCGAACUGUCAACGCUCAACCUCGUCCCAUCAAUGCAGGACAACUUCGUCGACCUCGUUCUCCUCCACCGUCCUAUGAGCACGUCAACUCACCGUCUACAAUGGUCUUGUCAAACUCCAGUACUCCAUCUCCAACACUCUACUGGAUCGCCACUGCUCCCCAGGAAUGA